UAAUUAAAAAAUAUGGAUAUAAAAUUAUUUUCUCUACUUUAUUUUCAUUGCUUGGAUUAAUAAUUCCUAUAUUAGACUUGACUAAUGUGGAAAUAUUAUUUCUACCAAAGAAUGAUCCUUUGUUUUCAACUGUAAUACCUUAUAUAAUUUCCUAA